AUGAGCCUGGGGCUGGACAACCGGAGCCUCCUGCUCUCUAACCAGAGCUCUGCUGGCAACCUGAGCUUCGACAGACCCCCUCUGCAGGCCUCGGCUGUGUUGAGCUUGGGACAGGCGGAACACCUGGCAGUGACUGUGUGCCUGGGCGCCAUCUUGCUCCUGGGCAGCCUCAGCAACCUCGUGGUGGUGCUGAUCUUCGUCAGGUUCCAGGCCAUCCGGACGCCCAUCAACCUGAUCCUGCUCAACAUCAGCCUCAGCGACCUCCUGGUCUGCAUCUUUGGAACGCCCUUCAGCUUCGCCGCCAGCCUGCGUGGCCGUUGGCUCCUGGGCCCUGCAGGCUGCGAGUGGUACGGCUUUGCCAACUCCCUCUUUGGCAUCGUUUCCCUUGUGUCUCUCUCUAUCCUCUCCUAUGAACGUUACGUAGCGGUCCUGCGAAGACACACCAAGGCGGUCAUAUCCAGCUACACCAAGUCCUGGCUUUGCAUCGCCGGCUCCUGGGCUUACUCUUUAGCCUGGACUGCGCCACCUCUGGUCGGCUGGGGCAGCUAUGGUCCUGAAGGGCCCGGCAUCACCUGCUCCAUCACUUGGCAUGCUAAGACCCCCAACAACGUCUCAUACAUCGUCUGCCUCUUUGUCUUUUGCCUUGCCCUGCCUCUCCUGAUGAUGAUCUAUUGCUACGGGAAAAUCCUGCAAACCAUCAGAAUGCAGGCUUGCAGGUUUCACUUGACGUCUCUCCAGAAAAGGGAACAUCACAUCCUCUUCCUGGUGGUGACCAUGGUGACUUGCUUCCUCCUCUGCUGGAUGCCGUAUGGGAUUGUCUCACUGAUUGCGACAUUUGGUGGGCCUGAAAUGAUCACCCCGACCGUGACCAUUGUCCCAUCUAUUUUGGCCAAGGCCAGCACCUUUAUGAAUCCUGUUCUUUACGUCCUCUUGAACAAGCAGUUUUCUCGGUGUUUCCUUCUUCUCCUGAAAUGUGGGCGUCCGCCGAAGCACCUGGAAACCACUUUGAAUUCAAAGCUGAGCCAGGAUUCUAAUACAGCCAGUGGAGCAGCCAAAAUCCACUUGUCCUGCACGCAAAGCGAAGAGCUGCAGAGCUGCAGGGAGGUCGGAUUUCCAUCAAGAAAGCCCCAAAGCCUCGUGGUCCAUUACACGUUCUAG